AUGAAGCUAAUUAAGCAGCUGUUGGUUGCUUUAGUAAUAGCUUCAUUAUUAGAGGGAUGGUGGAGCUGUGAUGGUUGUUUUGAGAAUGAGAGAAAUGCUCUUUUGCAACUAAAGGCUUCUUUCAAUUAUCCUGAACGCAUGUCACUCUCUUCUUGGGGAUUAUACACCGAUGACUGUUGUAAAUGGGAAAAUAUUCACUGCAACUCCACCACUGGACGAGUUUCCAAACUCAGUAUUCGGGGCGAUUAUUGGGCCUCUGAAUGGUGCUUCAAUGCCUCUUUGUUUCUUCCUUUUCAAGAAUUGACGAGUCUUAGCUUACAACGCAAUUAUGUUAUUGAUUGUGUUGAGAAUGAAGGUUUUGAAAGAUUAGAAAGGCUCAACAAGUUAGAGUUUCUUGAUUUAAAAGGUAACUUGUUCAACAACGAGAGCAUUGUAUCAUCUAUUGGCCAUCUUUCACCUUUAAAAUCAUUGAAUUUGGCCCACAAUAGAUUGGAAAGUGUAACUGAUAUUCAAGGACUAUCAAGUCUUCAAAAUUUGGAGUUUCUUGAUUUGUCAUUCAACAUAUUCAAAAGUGAUAUUCAAGGACUAUCAGGACUUGAAAAUUUGGAGUUUCUUGAUUUGUCAUUCAACAACUUCACUGAUAGCAUCAUACCAUUUUUACGCAUUUUUCCAUCUUUAAAAUCAUUAAAUUUAGCUGGCAAUAGAUUGGAAAGUGGCAUUCAAGGACUAUCAGGACUUGAAAAUUUGGAGUUUCUUGAUUUGUCAGACAACAACUUCGACAAGAGCAUCAUACCACUUCUAAGUGUAUUCUCAUCUUUAAAAUCUUUAACAUUGAUCGGCAACAAAUUAGAAAAUAUAACUGAUUUUCAAGAAUUGGAUGCUUUGGGCAACUUAAAGGUACUGAGCCUAGGAGGAAAUCAAAUUACCAAAGUUGUGGACUCAAGAGAUGUCAAAAUCAUUAGGAAUUUGAGCUCUCUUUUCCUUGAUGACAUUAAUUGGGAUGGAAGAAGCAGCAUUCAGCUAGAAUUAUUAGGGGCAUACCCAUUUCUCAAGACCCUUUCUCUAAUGCAUAAAAGCUUCAAAGGAGGAAUAUUUGCUCAAGAGAUGGGUAAUUUUUCAAGCGUGGAAGAGUUGUCCCUGGAUGGUUCCUCAUUGGAUGAAGAGUCUUUUAAGAGCCUUAGAGCAUUGCCCUCUCUUAAAUUUUUAUCUAUGAAAGGCCUCAAUGCUGACCUACCUAGUCAAGUUUUAGGUUUAUGCGAGUUAAAACAUCUUCAAAAGCUAGAUAUGAGCAACAAUGAUCUCAGUGGCACUUUACCUUUAUGUCUGGCAAAUUUAACAUCCCUUCAACUGUUAGAUCUAUCUUCCAAUCACUUCAUCGGAAAUAUCUCCUUAUCUCCCCUGGGGACCCUCACAUCCAUGCACACAUUACAUCUUUCAAGGAACCUGUUCCAAAUCCCAAUCUCUCUUCUGCCAUUCUUCAACCUUUCAAAGCUCAAGCACUUGGAUUGUUAUGAGAAUGAAAUAUAUGCAGAUAUAGAUGUGCCUACUUUGACACCAAAAUUUCAACUACGGACCCUAGCUUUGUCAGGUCAAGGAGAUGGCGGAGUGUUUCCCAAGUUCUUCUACUAUCAGCAUGAAUUAGAAUAUGUUGAUAUGUCAAAUAUUAAAAUGAAGGGAGAGUUUCCACAUUGGUUGAUCAGGAACAACACAAAAUUAUACGCACUUUACUUGCACAACUCUUCUCUUUCGGGGCCUCUCCAAUUGCCAAUUCAUUCCCAUGUGUAUUUUUCAGACUUAGAUAUCUCUGACAACCACUUCAAUGGCUCUAUUCCAACAGAAAUUGGAGUAUGUUUUCCAAGUUUAAAUUUUCUAAACUUGUCUGGAAAUGGUCUCACUGGUGGCAUUCCUUCAUCAUUUGGCAAAAUGAGUCAACUGACAGAAUUAGACUUGUCCAAAAAUCAACUAUCAGGCAUAAUACCCCAAGACUUGAUUGUCGGAUGCAAUUUAUUAGGUUAUCUCAUUCUUUCAAACAACAAUUUGCAAGGCCAGAUAUUCCCAAAACAGGCUACUUGCGAAUUGAUUCUAUUAUUGUUGGAUGGCAAUCAAUUCACUGGAAGUAUCCCAUACAGCAUAAGUAAUUGCACAGGGUUGGCAGUGUUGGACGUGAGCGAUAAUCAUCUCUUUGGUAUCAUCCCUAGUUGGAUAGGGAAUAUAACUUCUCUUAAUAUCUUGGAUCUGUCAGAGAACACUUUCUUUGGAAACCUGCCAUCUAGCUUUGUCCCUCCAAGGAUCAGUGAAGUUUAUCUAUCAAAAAAUAGGCUACAAGGACCGUUGACGAAUGCAUUUUAUGGUUGUUCUGAAUUAAUAAUAUUGGAUCUUAGUCACAACGAUUUCACUAAAAGGAUUCCAGAAUGGAUUGGCAAUUUUUCAACAUUGACCUAUCUUCUUUUGGGUUAUAAUAGACUUGAAGGUGAAAUACCAAUUCAGUUAUGCCACUUGUUCAAAUUAAGAUUGGUUGAUUUUUCUAAUAAUAAUCUUUCUGGUGAAAUUCCUGUUGAAAUAGGAAAUCUUGACAAAAUCCUGCUGUUAAACCUGUCCCAUAACAAGUUGACGGGAUUGAUUCCACAAUCAUUUUCAAACCUAACGCAAAUUGAGAGCUUGGAUCUUUCCUAUAACAACUUGAAUGGCAAAAUCCCUCAACUCACUCAACUAUAUUCUCUAGCUGUCUUCAGUGUGGCGCACAACAAUUUAUCUGGCAAGACACCUGACAUGGUUGCACAAUUUGGGACAUUCGAGAACAGAAGUUACGAGGGAAACCCUUUCCUUUGUGGACCUCCACUAUCUAAAAGCUGCUCUUCUUCAUCAAUAAUGCCAAGAGUUUCAGAGGAGGACAGAAAAGAUCAUAAAAAAGAUGGUGGCUUUAUCGACAUGUAUGCUUUCUAUGUGAGUUUUAUGAUUUCUUAUGCCAUAAUGUUGUUGACCAUGGCAGCCGUUUUGUACAUAAAUCCACAUUGGCGAAGAGCAUGGUUCUAUAUGAUAGAGUUGAGCCUCUCCAACUUCUACUAUUUUCUGGUGGACAAUAUUCCUUUUGUGUUUAGAUGCUAUUGAAGCCUGGGUCUGCUAUGUACUUUAGAAGCGUUCAACCUUGAUGAGUGAGCUGAGUUUGUGUUGUAGUUGUGUAAGCUGGGAAGGUUGCAGAAUAAUGAGCUGAAGCUGAUUGCAGAGCAUCAUUUAUUACU